AGCACCCACAUCUGCACACAGCUCAAUUCAUAGUCGUGUUUAAAUGCAGGAACUAUUUUAGCACAUUUAAUAGUACAUUUUAACGUACUAUUAAAAUCAUGUAAAUCAAAUUUCUAUAAUUAAACGAACGUUGUUGAUUCACAUAAAAUGAAUGAACGGGGCACUAUCUUAUUUAAUGUAUUCGUUUGCUCCUUUUUCAUUUCGGUAUGUCAGGCUUUGUUUUUUGUAUACUAAUUGCAAAAGAGUCAUUUCACAUCAGCAUACUUUUACACUUAAAAGUGAUCGGGUCAUUAAAAUUUUACAAAGAUUUGUCAUGUCUGCUGUUACCCUAUUGAACAUCUUUUGCGCAUGACCCGUGUGAACAGGCGCUGAUAAACGUGUCACAAAGCUUUUCUCGGGCUUUUCACACUGAAGAAGUCACAGCGGCAGAAGAAUGUGAAAAAGGCACCAGGUCUUUUAUUUUAAACCAGAAAGCACUUUAUACUUUGAUACUCAUGCAGUAAAUAUUUGGACUAAACCGGUACCUGCUUGAGAAAGGAGGUGACAAGCUUCAAGAACUUAAUGGUUCGUCUGCACAAAGGAACUCGAUUCUCUGUGUUCAGCACGCCGGACAGCUCCACCCGAAAGCUGAGUUGCAGGAGUUAAUUAAGAGUAUGAGAAGUGUCAAAGAGGUACAACGGAGGGGCAUGCAGGAGAUAGCGUUCGAAUAUUUGUUUUCAACGACUGAAGACAAUCCUCUAUUGUAAUUUCGGAUUAAGAAAUGGACUUGCCAGAAAUUCUUUUGGCUUUGUUUAUUGUCGUGGUAGUGAUUGUUUCUUUGGUAUCGAACUUACUAGUGUUGUUAUGUUUCAUCUACAGCACCGAGAUUCGCAAACAAGUCCCGGGUAUUUUUAUCAUGAACUUGUCUUUUUGCAAUUUACUUAUUACUGUUUUCAACAUGCCGUCCACUUUACUCGGGAUUAUCAAAAACCAUCAGCCCUUUGGAGAUUGGAUCUGCCAAACUGUAAGCUUUCUGGAGACUUUCUUGACUACAAACACGAUGCUAAGCAUGGCUGCUUUAAGCAUAGAUAAAUGGAUUGCUGUAGUGUUUCCACUGAGUUAUUCAAGUAAAAUGAGAUACAAGGACGCAGUAAUCAUGGUGUGCUACUCAUGGUUUCAUUCUCUUACCUUUUCUCUCAUCUCGCUGCUUUUUUCUUGGGUUGACUAUAACCAAAUCUAUGCAUCUUGCACCUUACAUUUAAAAGAAGAAAGAGAAAGGAGAAAGUUCACUGUAUUUACCAUCGUGUUCCAUGCCACGAGUUUCAUGCUUUCCCUACUAAUACUGUGCUUCACAUACUUAAAGGUUUUAAAAGUUGCAAGGUUUCACUGCAAGAGGAUAGACAUUAUUACCAUGCAGACUCUACUCUUGCUGGUAGAUAUUCACCCAAGUGUUAAACAACGUUGCCUCGUUGAACAAAAAAAGAGGAGACAGCGUGCUACUAAGAAAAUCAGCAUUUUUAUAGGAUCGUUUAUUAUCUGUUUCGCCCCAUAUAUUAUUACAAGACUGAUAGAGCUCCUUCCAUUUAUAACAGUAAAUCACCACUGGGGAAUUGUAAGUAAGUGCCUCACAUACAGCAAGGCUGCAUCAGAUCCAUUUGUUUAUUCUCUUCUGCGUCAACAGUACAAGAAGGUCUUGGUUAAUAUUGUCAACAGGAUUCUUAAAAGAGAUCUGUAUCCUUCAUCUGGGCACAACAGCUCUUUGGACACAGAGAAUGAUUACUGUCUCCAAAGAGUCAGCUAACAGAACUGUAAAAGGAUAAGCUACUCAAUACAGAAAUAUGGUGAUAGAGAUGGUAGUGUACAUGGUCUUUGAAAUAAUUACAGAAAUGCAUUCUUCAUAUUUGUUAUGAAACUGAUUUAGAGAAAAUGAUGUGAAAAUGCCAAAAACAAGGUGUAUAACACCUUGAUUCAGAUUUUUUUUCGCCUAGUUAAAAUGUUUAGAAGGGCAAGCAUUCAGAAUCCAUGAGUUUUUCUUGAAGGAAAGAGUGUGUCAUCUUGCACAAGCAUCUGAAAUGCAUGUGCCAUUUAAAGUUCUCAAUUACAAUUCUGGAUGAUUGCAAGAUAAGCAAUGUUUAAGGAAAUAUAAGCAUUAAAUAUCUGUCUGGAGCAAUCCAUUACAAUAUCAUUAAUAUACAGUAAUAGGCGAUUCUUAUUAAGUGGUCAAAGGCUGAAGCCUUUUUGUCUUCUGCCAGUUGCGGAUCACUUGAAAAUGACCAAUGAGGAUGUAGAUCAAGCACAAAUACAGUACAGUGCUAUAGCUAAGUGUGGUGCUGUAGCUUACAGCUUGUAGCUCGAAUCUAUUCAACUGCAAAGAUAAUACAUGUAUUAGUAUUUUUUGUGAAAACAGUCUGCUUGUGUAGGGCAAAACUUGUUGUUUUAUAUCUCCAGAACAUUCUGCUUAUCUGACAAAACACAUACUCUGGAUAUCCCCCUAUCUAUUUUCUUUACUGGAUUUCAAUGCACUUUGUCUUUCAGAGUCAAUACUUGCAAGAAAAAGCCAAAGGCAAAUAUUAGUUUUUCAUUGUAUCAAAGCUUAUGUUAGAAUCGAAUGUAAUGCCAGAUUGUUAAAACUGAAAUGUAUUUGUAUUCUUAUUAUUUUGCUGAAACUUAAAUGUUUAUACAAUGAUGCUUAUAUGCUGUAUAAAACAUUAGGUUAUCAUGUUUGCACUGAAUUGCGUGAAAACAAUAUCAUUUAUUUGCUUAAACAGUUAUUAUUAAGGAAAGAAUUAACAGAAGAAUUCAAAGAUUGUGUAGGAAAUAUUGUACUAUUAAUUUGUUUUGUUUUACAUAUAUUUUGUGCCAGAUUAUGGUAAUCUCUGUACAUUUAUGUACCUUUGGUUUGUCAGUGUAAUUCCAUUCAACUAAUUUGCAACAUAUCCACUUUGCUGCUUUUGAGAUAUAACAUUAAAAAAUAUUUGAAAGCAAAAACAACUAUGACCUUGAAUCAUAUGAUGUCUUCUCGUACAUUUCAAGAGGAAAACCAUACAAGUACAAGUACAAUAAAGCUUUGUAAAUAUCCUUG